AUGACACAGCACAUCUACAACUUCCGCAAGAUGGAGUUCACCAGCAAGCACGACGACGUUAACAAGCUCAUCGGUAUGAUCAAGCUGCCAGACGGUGCGAAGGGCGACGUCGUUGGCGUUUUUGAUGGAGUGGGCGGCGAUGGCGACGCGGGUGCUGGCCCGACCGAUAUGGAAGCACUCACCGCGCACCAAGUCGGAGAGCUCUUCGAUUUGGACAUCGGCGGCGACGAGGUCAUGGAUGCCGAUAUGUUGUGCAUCUCGUCAGAGGAUGAAGUGGAAGAGACGGGUUUCGUGUGCAGGUGCCCUGCGUGCACUCGCGUUGGGCAGGCCGCCUGCCCGACCACGCCCAGCAGCAUCUCGGGCACGCCUUUCGACAUCCCGAACCCGAAACGCGGCGGCCAGAAGUCGGACACCUUGAAGAUGAAGCCUUGCCACAGGCUUCGGGCCAAGACCACUGUGGCCGAGAUGGACGUCAAUGCGAAGGGCACCCCCAUGAAGGGCAAGAGCGCCCGCGCCAAGAAGCGCGCGCGGAAGAUGAAGAAGUUCGCCGGGGCCCUGAGGCGCAGGAAGAUGGCUGGCAACGUCGAGGACGACAAAGAGAUCGACCCCAAGAAGAAGGCAGGCAACGGCAGCAAGGCGUCCUCGGGCUCGUCUGCCGAUGACAAGAAGGAGGACCAGGACAUGCUCAAGCUCCCAGUUACGUUGGCCGUUCGCGCUGCGAGCGAGUCGAGGCCUGGCGAGGCCUACAUCAUGCAGAACUCCAAGACGCGCCGCUACGUCACAGGGCUGUCUGGCUCCAAGAACCCCAACUACCUCGAUAUCAUGAACGAGCUGAUGGCGAACAUCAAUGAGGGUAAAAUCUGCACUAGG